UCGUCCGUGUGUUCGUUAACAGAACAAAAGAAGUCAAAACAAUGUCGAGUCACGAAUCGCGCCGCUUCGCUUUCCAUUUGCGAUGUUUAAUAGUGGAAACGUGUGGUGGAACUGGUUUGACUAAAAUCACCCGACCUGUAACCUUCGGUACGAACGGGGUCGAAUUUUCAUCAUUUUUGGUCCGUUUACAAUCAUCGCUCAUAGCGAAAUUCCCCGUAGAUCCAAGGUUAAAGUCGAAGCGUAAGCCAGUAAUUAGUUAACUUCCAUAAACUCGGUCAAAGGUUGCGUCGAAAUUCCGAUCGACGGCGGUUCUUCUUCCACAUCCACCCCUCUAGUACCGAAGAUCAACAAUAGAUGGCAUUACACCGAAGUUCGCUUUAAUAAACCAACGCGUUCUUCUUUUAGAGUGUUGCCAUCCAGACGGGAGGUUCCCACGUUGCUGUCAUGACAAAAAGAAAAAAACACCUAGGCGGGGUUCCAAGCCGGAUGAGCGAUUAUUUAUAGUAUGGAAGAAGGAGGAAAAAAAAAACGCUUACGUCGCCCCUCAACCCUAACCUUAUAUCAGAUCCCCCAAAAAACUUCGCUUCUCCUCCCAUACGUCAUCUCCCGCGCUCCAAUGGAUUCGCCCGCCCGGUUGUUGGUCGACUCAGUGCUGCCAACCCAGUAGUUGGCUAAGCGCCACCAUGUCUGUCUGACGGAUAAACUAUCUAUUGGAAAGGCGGUUUUGUGCGGGAUAUAAAUCACACGUGAUCUGUAAAAUAACAGCUAUCCAAUCGUUGGAUUCCCUGAACGACCAAAUUGUGCAGUUCAUCUUUUCUCAGAAUUCCUACGAACUCGUACCUUCUUCUGUUCGAUCACAAGACAACAUCUGCCAUGAUACCACCGCUGGUUGGAAUCAACAACGGGAUAACCUCAAGUCGUCGAUGGCUCUCAUGCGGCGACUUUUGCUCGAUGCUCAAGCAAAAUUUCGAAAGAUGAUGGAAGAAAAUAAGACAAUAGCUAGUCGCAUCGAAAAGGACGUUAUCGAACCCACUACCAGCGAUAUGGCCGGUAAUAUAUUAACUACUUGUGUUCCGUUAAACGUCGAAGUACCGAAUACAACGACCAGUUGCGCCGAACUUAAUUCUAACGUGCAAACAAUAUCGGACAGCAAUUCGAACUGUACUUCACCCCAGACAAUUUUGGAAGAUUCUGCUCAAGACAACCAACCCGAUAACGAUGCCAAAUGCGAAAGAUGUAAAAACUGUACCCACGACGAUGCCAAUCAAUUAGAACAUACGCUGGCCCAGUUACAAGAACAAAACGAAAAGUUGAUGGAACACAAUCUAAAUCUUCAGAAAGAAGUGGAGGAACUUAAACUCUUCAAAAAUCAAACAGAAUCCGGAGAAAACAACUUAAAACCCCAGCUACAGCAACUAGAAACGGAUCUGAAGCACGCAAGGGAGGCUUUAGCAGCGCUCAAGCAAGAUCGUAAACGGUUAAAAGCGGAGAAAUUUGAUCUAUUAAACCAAAUGAAACAACUUUACGGUACUCUAGAAGAGAAGGAAAGGGAACUCAGAGACUUUAUUCGAAGUUACGAACAGAAGAUGAAAGACAGCGAUAAAAAUCUCAAACAACUUGUAAGAGAACGAGAAGAUACGGAAAGAGAAAAGUGGAAUAUAUUGAAACAUGCCAGAGACGAAGCCGAGCGAUCCGUGGCUCUAUGUGCACAAUUGGGUUUAAAAGAAGCACAAAUUAAACAAAUGCAAGAAGAAUUAAAUUCGGUGCGGGAAAGACUCGGUUACAUGUCCGAUUUAGACAGUAGUCGAACGUAUCGGUCGAAUGGAUAUCACAGUCCUAGUACAGCAUCCACACACAUUCCGAAUGGUAGAGAUGGUAGCAAUGCUGCUACUCCUACACCUGGUUCCGAUCCCACUACUUCAUCGUCCUGUGCUGGUACUCCCACUAUCACUGUAGAUAGCGAUGCUAGUCCUAGCCACGUCUUAUCAAAUACAACAAGAGAUUGUCACAGACCAAAUCUUCCCGGUUUAUCUCAGUCUGCCGAAGAAAUAUAUAAUAGCAGUGGAGGAUCCGAUUGCAGCACGAAAAAAAGUCGUAAGAGAAGAGAAGGAAAAGGAACCUGGGGCUCUAUAUCUAGAGUUUUUGCCAGGGGACGUCAGAGAAAAUCGAUAGAAUCUACUGCUGAUAGUGAUCAGCGCUCGUCUUGGUCUCCGCAAAGUAGUUUAUGUGCCAGUCCCCUAACAGAAGAAAGUUAUAUGGAAAAACUGAAACUAUUAGAAGAAGCUCAGGGUACUCCAAUGGAAAGAUGGAAAGCCAGUACAGUAUUGGCCUGGCUAGAAGUCAGUUUAGGAAUGCCUCAGUAUGGAGCCAUGUGUGCAGAAAAUAUUAAAAGUGGAAAGGUAUUGUUAGAAUUAUCUGAUCCUGAAUUAGAAACUGGCUUAGGAAUUACUAAUAUUGUGCACAGAAGAAAACUUAGGCUAGCAAUUGAAGAGCAUAGAGAACCAUCUCUUUGUUUAUAUCCCAAGAUAUGUCUUCUUACCCAUACGUGGAUAGCCGAGGAAUGGUUACCGAGUUUAGGAUUAUCUUGUUAUGUUGAUAAUUUCACAGUACAACUUAUAGAUGGAAGAGUGUUAGAUACAUUAACAAAAAAAGAUUUGGAAAAGUAUUUGGGAGUAACAAGAAAAUUUCAUCAAGUUAGCAUAAUGCAUGGAAUUCAGCUUUUGAGGAUGGUUAAAUUUGAUAGACAAAUUUUAUCGCAAAGGAGGUCUCAUAGUGAAAAUAUGGAUGUCGAUCCCCUUGUAUGGACUAAUCAGAGAUUCAUCAAGUGGGUCCGAAGUAUAGAUUUAGUGGAAUAUGCAGAAAACUUAAGAGAUAGUGGAGUACAUGGUGCACUGGUGGUGUUGGAACCUUCAUUUACAGCAGAUACAAUGGCAACUGCUUUAGGAAUUCCAGCUUCCAAAAAUAUUAUUAGACGUCAUCUCACAACUGAAUUAGAAAAUCUUGUACAACCUGCCAGAAUGUCUUUAGAAGCAGAAGAAGUAGUUCACCGAAGAAGAAAUGAAAAGAAAUCAUCGCAAUCGUCGGGUGGUUCUAGUGUUUCUGGAUCUCUUGGGCGAAACUUUAUGCGUUCGUAUUCCAGAUCUGGAACAUUGGAGAGGCCAGAUAAAAGACGCGCCAGUAUGAGGGGUUCCUUAACUCGAGCACUUGGUCUGAAAGUUCGUCAAGAACUCGGUCGCUCUCCGAGUUUUCAUUCAACUCCUCCGUUACCAAAAUCGUCGGACACAAACAAAAGAUUUCGCUACCAGGGUCACAUUGAAUCCUUAACUGUAACGCCAGUGUGAAUAUUAAUUUCAAAGUCAUUGUAUUUCAAAGUCAACAUUAACUGACUGUUAUUGUUCAACAAUUUCAACAGAUAAUGUUAAAGAAUAGCAGCAUGUUCUUUAAUAUUUGUAUGUAUGUAUAUGUGCAUGCAUGAGUAUACGUGCUACAGUGAAUGCACCUAGAAGAAAUGAAACUUUCCAGUGCUUUGUGAAUGUAUAUACUUUGUGAAGUCAAGCUGUACAAAAUGGUCUGUGAUAAGUCAAUACAUCUUUGAUCAUCUUGCAUUGGUGAAGAAAUUAUUCUACCAAAAUUCUGCUGACACCACUAGUCUGAAAAUUACUAUUUUAAACUGGUGCUUUUUACUUGUUUGAUAAUUCUCAGUAUCUCAAUAAUACAUCUUUAUCAUAUUAUCCCCAAACAAAUUACUGCCAAGAUGUUCUCCAUAGCGUAUGCCAUUCAAUAAUUACAGGGCAAUGACAUAUUUAAACUGUUGUUUUUUGAUGAUGAAGGAACGAAAGUGGACUGUUUAAACAGCAUGUUCUAUGCAGUUCUUGAACUAUAUUAAUAGGCAGAAGUAUUAAUUAUGGAGUCACAGUACCUGAAAUAUAUUGAUUCUAAAACUGAAUUGUGAUUUAUUUAAUCUGGUUUCAGACCAAACUAUUUAAACCAUUGUGAUUGUUUUUUAAUAUACGUAUAGCUUUGUAAUUUUUAUUUUAAAAGUUAUCAACAUUUUUAUUCUCAUAUAAGAGAAAUUGUAAUUUCCUCAACAUUUGUUUUACUGUUUAAAAUUUUGUCUAAAAAUGUUCCUAAAAUGCAUAAUUAAUGGUAUUUUCUUUUUUAAUACAUUCCUUUUAUUUCAUUAUUAUAGAUGAGUAUAUAUAACUGCCACCNAAAAAAAAAAAAAAGGUUACGGGUGACAAUAGCUUUUUCCUUGGUGUGUAUUUGUGAUUUUUAAUCAACUAUAUAUUUGUAAGCAAAAAAAAUUUUAUUGUUAAAUUAAGAAUAGAUAUUAAAAGUUUAAAGUUUCUUUUCUUUCUUGGUAAUAUCUAUCAGGGAUUUAAAAUUCUUCAUUGUUAACUUCCAAUUAUAAGUUACAUAGGUUGACAGUUGUUGACUGUUUUACCCAUAACUUAGUUUAAAAUUAUCAAUGAUCUUUAAAUGUUUCGUUUCGUGGCCUGUUGUACAAUACCAAUGUUUGUGUUUCUACAAAUUAAGUUACAUUAAAUCCUAUGAAAAGCUCAAUGUUUAAAUGUAUCUAGAAUUUGUUUUAGAGCUUUAUCAUAGGACCUGGGAUAAAAUUUUGAAUGUAAAUAGUCUUCUACAGCUCAUGUACUUAUAAAAAAAAUAUGAGAGAGAGAUAUUAUAUAUAUAUAUAAAUAUAUGCACAUAUAUAUAUAUAUAUAAAUAUAUAAAUAACUUCUAAAUGUUUUAAUCUUUGUGCAUACAAGGUAAAAAAAAAUAAUUUAUGC